AUGUCUUCCCCUGCCUCCGUUGCGUCUUCUAGGACGGGCGACGUCCUUAUCCAUGCCUUGUUUGCCUGCGCUCUGCCUGGGCUGGACGCUCCAAUGGAGCGUGCUACGACAAUCCUUCUGUUCCUCGAGGCAAACGCUGCUCGCGCUGCGCGCACGGGCGCGGUUGCCAACUGCUGCCACGCUCUUGUCGCAGAUCCACGGCCCGUGACGAACAAGAAAAGAAAGAGGAAGGAGAUCAUGGAGAGAGAGAUCAAGGAGGAAGAGAUGGAGCACGAGGAGUGGGAGGAGGAGGGUGAGGAGGAGGUGGAGAGUGAGCAGUGGGAGGAGGGUGAGGAUGAGCUAGAUAAGGCGGGCUAG